CACUUCCGGCGCGGGGGGCGUUGGCAAGAUGGCGGCGGCAGCAGCCGAGGUGCGGCGGUUGCAGGCCCGGCUGGAGGCGCUGGAGCGGCGCGUGCUCGGGCCCGGCGCCGGCGGGCCGCGCAAGCUGGCGGACGGGCUGGUGAAAGUGCAGGUGGUUCUGGGCAACGUGGCGAGCAAGCGAGAGAGGGUUAAGAUAUUAUUCAAGAAAAUUGAAGACGUGAUAAAAUACCUGGACCCGCAGUACAUCGAUCGCAUGGCCAUCCCCGACGCCAUGAAGCUGCAGUUCAUCUUGGCGGAGGAGCAGUUCAUCCUGUCCCAGGCAGCUCUGCUGGAGCAAGUGAGUAACCUCCAGCCGUUUCUGGACAGCACCCACAUCAAAGCGGUUCCUGAGCACGCGACCAAACUGCAGCGGCUCUCUCAAAUCCACAUACAGCAGCAGGACCAGUGUGAAGCCGUCACUGAAAACGUCAAAGCACUCCUAGAAGACUACAACAAGAUGACUGUGCUCCUGUCGAAGCAGUUUGUCCAGUGGGACGAAAUACUGACCCAGUUGGAAAUGGCCAAGCAGGUGAAGCCUGUGGCAGAGUGACAGCAGCAAGAAACACAGCCUGCGGCCAUGGGCAACACCAGACACAUGGGUCUCAUGGGAGAGAAGGGCAGCGGGACCUGCCAGCCAGCAUCCAGCACACAGGAUUCCCGUCUUUGGAUCAGAGCACUGCACAGCAGGGCCUGCACUUUCUUGUUCAGUAGGAACACGCUGCAGGUAGGCGCCCAGUGGCUGCGGCCAGCUCCGUCCUCCCCUGCUCCCUCCUGUGAAGCCAAGUGUCUGGUGCCUCUAAAAAUCCAACCGUCUGCGCUUUUUAUUUGCACUUCUCCAAGUGGUUUUGACUCUUGAUUUGUAACUUAUUUAAGCUCCUGCCCUGCUUGGCCCCAUAUUCGGGCUGGCGGACCUGACUAUAACAACCUCUCAGCUAUUGCUGAUCCCUGGACCUUAAUAAAACCCGAAGACACUAA